AUGAUGAAUUUAUUUUCAAACACACAAAGAGAAAUAAAAAAAGAAACUAGAGAGUUUAUAGAAAGAAAAAUAGAAACAAUGAGAAACUAUAACAUGUACGACAUAGCACAAGUGCUAAAAACAAAAAAGAGAAUAAAAGUGAGAGUGAACGUUGAAGAAAUGAAGAAAUAUGUAGAAAAAAACAUAGAAACAAUGUUAAAGGAAGCAUCAAUAGUAAACAUAUACUCAAUGUUAAACGAAUUAUCAGUAAACGGAGUAAAAUUGAGCAACAGAGUGAUGAAGAAAAUAGUAGAGCACAUAGAAGAGGAAGGAAGGGAGCUAGAGUUUAAAGAAUUGACAAACACAUAUAAUUCACUAAGUAGACACGUUCAAGUGGGUACUGAGAAGAUGAAUAUAGGAGAAGAUGAGGAGAAUGCGGUAGAAAAGGUGGAAAACAUGAUUGAAACGCUGUAUAACAAAGUACUAGAGCAUAUGGAGGAGGGAAAAGAUGAUUUCGAAGGAAUAGUGGACGUAUUAGACGGAACAGUUAAUAUAAUGAAGAUGUGGAGCAUGAAUAAAGGUGAAAACAGAGAAAGAAGGCAGAAUGGGUCAACAUCAGAAGGAAGGAGCGCUGGGCAAGUUGAGGACCACAGCAACGAGCAGCUGCUGAGAAGAUGCGAAGCGCUGAUAGAGAGGCUGAAGCAGGGCUUCAACAGCAGUCUGGAGCCGAAACUAGUAAGAAUACUGUUGAGGAACGUAGUCGCACUGAGGUACAACGACGAGGAACUCAUGGAAAUGAUAGUAGCACAUUAUAAAAACACGCACGAAAAGUGGAGUUUACAAGGUAAUUGGAAAAUAAAUAGAGAGGAAGAGCAGAUAGAAUAG